AUGGGGCGGCGGUUCCUGCCAUGCUGCAUGGCCGUCGCUCUUUCUCUGUUCGGCAUUGCUCAAUGUCAGGCCUCGGGGGAAGGGGACACGACGGUCCACAGCACGUCCACGACGACUCUAUCUUUAACAAGCACGAUCACGGUACAGCCCAAUACACCGACCGCCCUCCAGAGUAAAGAGAUGCAGAAGGGAGAAGUGUACAUUCUACAGGGAUGUUAUGGACAGGGUGAGCCGAGUAACGUCGAGACAAUGCUGGGCACAAACGUUACGGUCCGAAGCGCGGCCGGGAAAGAUGGGAUGUCACUGUCGAUGUGCCUCAACUUUUGCAAAUCGCCGGCGUCACCUGAAAUCAAACCACGAGAUGAGCAGAGCCUUUCUUUAUUUGUUGGUCUAUCGGAAGGAAAAGCUUGUUAUUGCGGAGGCUCGCUCAACUCGACUGCCAAAGAGGUCCAACCCACGAACUGCACCCUGCCAUGCGCUGGCAACAACGCCGUAGCGUGCGGUGGCGCUGGCUACAUGUUAGUCUACAAGCUCUCGACAACAUCCGAAUCCGGGAAGAAGCAAGGUGAUGGGCCCUACGAAGAUCAUACAGGUAGCAAAGGGAGACCAGGUGUAACGGCGGGGAUCGCGCUGGGGAGCAUAUCCGGGUUCGCACUGCUUGCAUUCCUCAUCUUCUACGGCGCCAAGAUGUACAAGAGGAGAAGACAGCGGCAAGCGAGCCGGAGUGACGAACACGGGGCGGGCGGAGACGGCACGAGCGACACGCCACCUGCGAGCAGCGCGGCCAACCUGAGCAAUACCAACCGAGCCGACCUGAGGAACGUCGAUCCUAUCGUGAUAGACUUCGCCCCCCUAAGCGGUGACCUGCGUGCCUCGAACGCGCCACGGCCAAAGCAAAUCAUCGCCGCCUCGACGGGCGCAGAAUGGAGGACGGGCAACCCGGGGACACCGCGAGCCGCCGUGGACGCAGCGCCGAAGCUGGCAACUACUGGGGCCCGAAACGACGCAUGGGACGACAUACCCCACACGCCCACGAUACUGGUGCAGCACCCCGAGAGCGCCGCGCAGAACCCGGGGCUCGGCGAGAGGGCGUGGCACCGCCGGCGCCUUUCGACACCUCAGCCUCCCGCGGGAUACCGGUACAGCGACGGCCCCGACGCCUUCGCAGGCGGGAGCUCGCGGGGUCCGGGGGAGACACAGACGUCGCAGGGCACCGGGGAAAUGAGCAAGGCACCGUGGGAGGACGACUGGGACUCGCUGAUGCCUGCGCCGCUGACCUUGCCGCCGCUCGGGCACGGUGCGGGCGGCGCCUCGGCGCCGGCUGAGGAGGACCGAGGACCGCUGACCGCGAAGACCAUGUGGACUGUCCCGUCUGAUCCUUCGCUGUCCGGGUCGUCGGGGAAGACCGUGGAGAGGGGUGGGAAAACGGGGAAGACGGAAUGA